AUGGCACCUCCUGGCGAACCGACGGCGGCAGGCGCAGCGGCCGCGGCGGCAUCCACCAUCCUGCCUCUGGAGCUCAUUGACCGCUGCAUCGGCUCCAGCAUCUGGGUCAUUAUGAAGACCGACCGCGAGUUCAGCGGGACGCUGCUCGGCUUCGACGACUACGUCAACAUGGUCCUCGAAGACGUGACGGAAUACGAGACCACAACAGAAGGCCGCAAGAAGACCAAGCUCGGCCAGACGCUGCUCAACGGCAACAACAUCUGCAUGCUGGUGCCUGGCUCCGAGGGCCCCGACGCCUGA